UAAAACUUGUUUUUUUUUUAAAAAACAGAGAAAUGAAACUUACAAAAUUAUUCACAGUCUAUUGUGUUGUAGCUUUCUCUCGGGUAUAUCUAGCUGAUUCUCUCAACUGUUCGGAACCGGCUCCUGUUGCCAAUGCUUACCGUAAAUGGGAAGGAGGGACAGCCGGAAGUUACGUCACAUACAGCUGUCUCUCCAGCUACGUUCACACGUCCGGUCAUCUGAGCAGAGUAUGCAAUUCAACAGACGGAACGUAUUCAGGCGAACCGCCGGUUUGUACACUGGAGUGUAGUGCGCCGGCGGAUGUGGUGGGAGCAUCACGUGUCUACUCUAACGACACGAGCGAGGGAAGCAGCGCCACCUAUACAUGCUGGAAUAACUACCAUAUGUUUGAAUACUCAGAGACCAGAACCUGUAGUGUGUUUAAAGGAGGGUGGUCUCCGUUGCCGCUUAUUUGUUCAGAAAUGGAUAAUCUCGCCAUCGAACAUAAUACAUCCCAGAGUUCGACGUUUACCAUUAGACAUAACACAACAGAUAACUCAACUGUGACUAUUGGAAAUAACACAGCAGAUAACUCAAAUGUGACUACUGGAAAUAACACAGCAGAUAACUCAACUGUGACUGCUGGAAAUAACACAGCAGAUAACUCAACCGUGACUGCUGGAAAUAACACAGCAGAUAACUCAACCGUGACUGCUGGAAAUAACACAGGACCGUGA